AUGGCUUCGAAGCUCUUACUCAUCGCUGUCUUCGUUUUUGACUUGAUUGCUUUUGGAUUGGCCGUGGCUGCUGAGCAGAGAAGAAGCACUGCUACGAUUGUGCCGGACAGUGAAAAGAAUUAUAAUUACUGUGUCUAUAACUCAGAUAUAGCAACUGGCUAUGGUGUUGGAGCAUUUUUAUUCCUCUUGAUUAGUCAAGUCCUGAUAAUGGUGGCAAGCCGAUGCUUCUGUUGUGGGAAGCCUCUAAGCCCUGGAGGCUCAAGGGCUUGUGCAGUUGUCCUUUUCAUAAUCUGCUGGGUGUUUUUCAUAAUAGCUGAGGUGUGCUUGUUGGCUGGAUCAGUGGAAAAUGCCUACCACACCAAGUACAGGACCAUCUUUGGGGACAGAGCUCCUUCUUGCGAAACAGUUAGGAAGGGAGUGUUUGCUGCUGGUGCUGCUUUUGUUUUCUUCACUGCCAUUGUUUCUGAAUUCUACUAUGUCAACUACUCAAGUGCCAGGGAAAGCUUCCAACCUUAUGGCGGCGGGGAGACUGGUGUAGGUAUGGGAACAUACAAAUAA